AUGCCCGAGGAGCACCCAGUGCUGCUGACCGAGGCGCAGCUGAAUCCGAACGCGAAUCGCGAAAAUAUGACGCAAAUCAUGUUCGAGACCUUCAACAAACCCGACAUGUACGUCGGCAUUCAGGCCGUACUUUCGAGCUACGCCUCGGGCCGAACCACUGGCAUCGUACUCGUCUCGGGUGACGGUGUCACCAUUUUGCGUCUCGACUUGGCCGGACGAGAUCUGACCGACUAUCCGAUGAAGAUCCUUACCGAGCACGGCUACAGCUACACGACGACCGCAGAGCGCGGAAUCGUGGCGCUCGACUUUGAUCAGAAGAUGGCCACCGAGGCGUCGAGCAGCUCGCUGGAGAAGAGCUACGAACUGCCCGACGGUCAAGUGAUCACCAUCGGCAACGAGCGUUUCCGCUGCCCUGAGGAACUCUUCCAGCCCAGCUUCAUGGGCAUGGAGUCGGUGGGAAUCCACGAGACGACCUUCAACUCGAUCAUGAAGUGCGACGUCGUCAUCCGCAAGAACCUCUACGCCAACACUGUCCUCUCGGGCAGUACCGACCGCAUGCAGAAGGAGAUCACCGCCCUCACCUCCUCCACCAUGACGAUUAUGAUUGUCGCGUCGCCCGAGCGCAAGUAUUCUGUCAGGUUUGACGUCUCCAUUCUGGCCUCGCUCUCCACUUUCCAGCAGAUGUGA